AUGGAUAUAUCACUUUUACUUUGCGUUCAACGUUGCUCUCCAUACUUUGCUGCAACUACUGUCAAGGAAAUUCUUGAGAUAUUACGCCCACAGAUCUAUCCACCCGAUUCGAAGUUCGGUGACACAAUCAAAAUGUUUCAAAUUUUUCUCCCCACGAAUCUUCCAUCUGACCUACAUCGUCAAGGAUUCAAGUUUGCAUACGCAUUUUGUGUCUGGAAUAAUUAUCCAUUUCAUUGGAGAUUGUGGCCAGCGGAAUUCUUUCCCAUUGUGAUGGAACCGCAUCGUUUUACAUCAAUUAUCAAGUGUUUAGCACACAUCUCUCGACAGAUCGUUCAACGAACAUCAACUUACGUUGAAGGACAAGUGUAUGUCAUAUCGCUAGUGAUGUCCAUCUUACCAGGUGUUGAUUGUUCGUCUGCGAUCGUUAUUCGAAAUGAUUUGACAGAAUUUGAAAAACAAGCCUGUUUAUCGACAUCAAAAUUUGAUAAUUUCAUCGAUUUAGUUCGAGGUUUGAUUAGAGGCCAACCAGAAGAAACAGUAGCAUAUUUCAUGCCGACAUCAUGUGAAUCUAUUCCGAAAUCCAUUGGAACUUCCAUUGAUGACGACGAAGACUUAAAGUUAAACUGA